UCUGAUUGGCCAGUGUAGUCGCCGAAAGAGUCUGAUUGGUCAGACCCCGCGCCAUUGAAACGAGGAAAUUGCGCCACUGUUUACAUUUGAUUCUUACCCAGAAACCACAGUCCUGGAUACACAGCUGAGAUUGGGUGUGUUCUAUGAUAUGGAAGUACUAUAUACAACAAAACAUUGCCGCGUCUAGUACCGCUCGAAACUCCUGUAGCGAGGGAAAAGAAGUUCACAGUUUGUUUUUGGGUUGUGUCUUUGUAUUAGCAAGACUCCGAACCUCGUUUGUAGGUGAUAUUGUGGGGUGGAUAUUAGCAGGCUGUUAAGCAGCGGUGAAAGCUACGGCGGGUUUGCGAGAUACACUCCCAGCCUGCAGAGGAUGCUUAGGCAAUAUUGAUUUGGAAAUGAGUGUACAGGUGAACUUAAAGAACGUUCCUUCCCACUUAAUGGAGUCUGCAUACAAUAACACUGACCACAAGAGGAGCUCCAGGUCUUCAGAAAACAUGCUAACUCCAAUCAGCUUUCCUAAAACGAAAAUUGCGUUAUGGGAUCCAGCACCAGCUGGAGAUGUGAUCAGUCUGCACCUAUCUUACUACAGAAACCCAAGAUUGCUGGUUGUGGAGAAAACCCUGCGAUUAGCCCAUCGCCAUGCUCGCCAAAGUAACAGAAAUGUCUUCUCCUGUUUCCUCCUGGGCUCAAUGGUGGUGGAUGAUGUUUGUAUUUCAGAUGAGGAAGGCGUCACAUUGACAGUGGAUCGGUUUGACCCAGGGCGUGAGAUGCCUGGAUCGCCAGGGAAGGUGCCUGCAGCCCUGCUUCCUGGAGAUUUCCUGAUUCCCUGCACAGUGAGCACACAGGGCCGUGCUUCUGGAGACACUAUUGUGCACUCUGCAGAAGACUUUCUCACUGCAUUCAAGAUGCUUCAGCAUCGCUGUUGCAGUAAAGACACCCUAGACCCUUCAAAGCUCCUGACUAUGAGAGCACAACUGACCUGUGCAGAGCACAUGGAUAACCUCAACUUCAGCCUUCACUGGGCAGCUGUUACAAUAGCCAACACUCUGGACGCCACGCCAGUCAAACCAGUUCCUAUCAUCCCUACCGCACUGGCAAGGAACCUGAGCAGCCCCAUGAACAUCGCACAGGUUCAGGGAGUCUGUAAAUUUGGAUUCCUUACCAUGGACCAAACCCGUAAACUGCUCCUGGUGCUUGAAUCGGAUCCAAAAGCUGAUACUUUGCCUCUUGUUGGGAUAUGGCUAAGUGGGAUUACCCAUAUCCACAGUCCUCAGGUCUGGGCUUGUUGCCUCCGAUACCUGUUCAGCUCAUCUCUUCAGGACAGGGUUGUGAGUGAGGGUGGCAGUUUCCUCAUUGUUCUGUACUCCCUUACACACAAGGAGCCAGAGUUCUACGAGUGUCGUCUCUGUACUGGACAGCAGGACCUGGGGUUUCAACUGCUAACCAGCACAGAAUCUCUCAACCUUUUUAAGAAUGUGAAUCCAACAGACCGACAGACAAUCCAGUUUGAACUUAGUGCAGAAAGCCAGAACCAGGAGACUGAUUUCUUUAAGGAGGUGUCGGCCCGCAUGUCUUUCACCAGUUCUCGGGUGAACUCUCCUCCCAACAAGCUGUCUGUGAGUGACCAUGACUCGGGUGUGGAUGAGGACUUCUCUCCCAGGCCGUCCCCGAGCCCACACCCUGCCAGCCAGCAGCUACGUCGGAUUCAUCCCUCAGUGCCGGAGCUCUCUAUUGUUUUUGAUAGCAGCUUCAUAGACUCCAAUAAAGCUGCUCAGUGUCCAGAAGGUUUUGGAAUCAGACCACCUCCAGUUUCAGCUCCUCAACAACACAUAAGUACUGGGUCUAUUCAAGAACUCCCCCGGGAGGCAAGGCAGCCCAGUAUUGGAUCCUGCGCUGGGUCAUCUCCAGUAAGGCGCACUCUAACUCCUGCAGACCAGCCAAUGAAGGUCUGCAAAGGCAGAGCGAGUCCUGCUCAGCAACAGCCUGUUAAUUGGAAGGGAGGUCCUCCACUCAGGAAGAGUUCUGGAUCCUCAACAUCGUCUGCAUCCUCUUCCUCCUCCUCCUCCUCCUCAUCAUCAACUCCACAGAGUGGACCGUCGCCCAACAGCUCCAUUCAUCAGCAUAAAGGGCACCUGCCUUCUGCGAGCAAGAGGGGCAUUUCCCCGUCUGGCAGACCGGGAGCCCCUGGCACUCAAAGACCUCCCUCCCCUGGAAAUCCACCAGCUAGACAUGGCCUGCCACACAGUGCACAAACACCAACCCGGAUGUCCAACUUCCACAUGCCCUUUUCGGCGCCUCAUGGUCCAAACCAGCACCCUGCUAGCUUCUGCAGCUGUAGUCAUCAUCGCGGUCGUGUGCCAUACUAUCCAGUAAACUCAUGGCAAGGUGUUCCCAACUUUGCAUCCAGUGGUAGCCCUGUUUACUGCCCGUCAGAUGCCCUGGCUCAUGAAUGCAGCUUUCCUCCCUUCCACCAAGGCAUGGGCUGCCAGUCCAAUGGUUACUGCAGCCCAGUGUGUCAAACAAGCAGUCCUGCUGGUCAGGCUUCACAUGGGGGCACAGGUUCUUCUGUACAUGAUAAUUGUGUUCUGAUGCCUGGAGCGCAGAAGACCAGUCCUUCUAAAGGGCAGUUCUGUCUCAGCCAGGCUGCCUGCGUGCCACAGCCUACCUCCCAGCCCCCUGCUGAGAACGGACUGAUGGGGUUACCUCCUGAUGCUUAUAAGGUUCUUGUGGAGCAGGACAAGAAGUUGAAAGUGCUGCAAGCCCAGAUCCAAAAGCUCUUGGAGGCUCAGAGUAACCCACCCUGCUCACACAUGUCCCCUCCACAGUCAGGGAGGCAGGUGGAGUCUGUUGCCAUGGAAACCCAGACUGCUCUGGGCGUGCAGGUGAAGAAGAGUGUCAGCAUUGCUGUGAGCACAGGAGCAAGCUUGUUUUGGAGCCCGACUGCAGGUCAGGAGGAGGUGGCGAUGCUGGAGUCCCAGGAUGAAGAAAUGGGCAUCUCUCUCACUACUGAGGAAGACACCACUCACGACAGCAUUGCUUCCUCACUGAAGUCUGUCGAUAUCCACAACUUUGCAGAGAGCACCCAGGUCAUAGCAGAGGAGUCUAUUGUUGCAUCAGAUACAGUCAGUUCUUCACCUCAGUUUUGGAAUGAGCGGGGGCCCCAGGUAACAUUCCAAACAUUCCAAAGCCCUGAACUUGGGGAAAGUGUCAGCAUGUGCAUCCAGUCAUCGCCAGUAGAGGGGGCAAAAAAGCAGGAAAAUGAGAAAGUGAAUUACCAGCCAAACAGUGAACUGCACAAUGAGCAGAAAUUUUAUCAGGACUUGCUGGGCCAGGUGAACAGCCGCUUGCAGGCCUCUUCAUCUGGAGGCGAAGAAGAGCCUGGGCAGAGACAGGCCAUGCACUCUGGGACAGGGGCCCUGGAUUCAUCUCCUGUGUCCCAAAGCAGCAGCCGGAAAAAGCAGUCAGCCCCCAGCAAGAGCGACAAUGACAAGGUCCGGAACGCCACCCUGAAACAGCUGGAACACCUUGGAGUGAAGGCUGACUGCUCUGUGAAAGGCAAUAAAACCAAGGCCAAGGUGGAGAGUGCCAGCACGCUGGCUUGUAUAUACCCCCAGGCAGUCCUCCCCAGGCUGAAUUACGUGUCCUUUGGGAACAUGGCUACGAGUGGCUUCGGCCCCAGCGGUGUGGACCUGAGCCUGGAAGCCAACGCCAUAGCCCUAAAGUACCUGAACGACUCGCAGCUAUCCCAGCUCUCCGUGAGCAGAGGGGGGCGCCAAACUGGGCAAGAAGAGUCCCUCAGCAUCAUCCUACAGCACAACACCAACACCACCACAGAGAAGAGCAUGGUGGACAUGAGCUUGAUGUCUCCCAAUAACAUGUCAUUCGCUACCAGGAAAUACAUGAAGAGGUACGGGCUCAUUGAGUGCGAGGAUAGCAGUGAGGAGGAGGAGGGGGCCAGUGAGAGCCAGAUCGAGACCACCGUGGUGUCUGUGUCUAACAGCUACAGGAAGGACUACGUUGAAAGGGGCGCUGAAAGACAGCAAGAGUUGCUCCAGCAGCAGCCGCACCACAGUAGUGGUGCAAGGGUGUGCAACGACUGGGAAGGGAACAUCUUGAAAAACAUUACCAAUGAGAUGCCCUCCCAGCAGCAGCAGCAGCAGCUCUCAGACCAGGAUUCCCAGCAGAUGCUCAGGGACCUGAAACCCAAAAUGAAGCUCUUGGCAGGGGUUACCCACAUCUCUCAGGACCCUGACAAGGAAAACGGCAUGCAGUUUUUCCCUGACAAGCUCCUACAUGACUCCCCUGUAACACAGAAGCAUAUGGAGAGCCAGGGAUCUGUGGGAAACUUUUUAGAUGUCAACAGGCUGCGGCAGCUUCCCAAACUCUUCUGAGUUUUAUAAAUGGGGAGGACUAUAAAGACUUCUAUUAUAUCUGGAUUAAACCAGGCUGGCAGCUUUUUAGGAAUAAUGUUUACAAAACUUUUGUGUCAAAAAGGAUUGUUACAAUGACAUUUUUGGAUGACCAGAAAGCUUUUAUCUAUCUCUUACUUGAAUUAUCCCAUUUUAUCCAUUCAACGCGAACAGUAUCUCCGUGUUUUAACCAAUCCUUCAAAAAUGUUUUCAUUUUUCUAGGAAAAUAUGAUGAACUUCAGUAAGGAUUCCUAGCAUUGACACAAUCUCUGUUUCUCAAAGUUUCAUUCCCCGUCAUAUUAUAUAUUGGCAAUAUGGGGCUACAAAAAAGGAUACACACUAUUACCUUUUUGAAAACUGAUGGGAGUAGUUGUUCUCUUUUCAUAUUAUGGAUAUACAAUACGUUUUAGAAACCAAGAAAAAAAUAAUGCUUGAAUGCUAAAUAUACAUAAGUAGCCUGAAUUUGAUUGAAAUUGAAGCUUUUGAACUUGCCUUAAAAGUAUCCAACAUAUACACAUUCUGUACUUGGCAUUCUAAUAGACACAUUUAGAUACAUAUGUAUUGCUGUGUCCAAUCUGCCGUAGUAUUUUUAUUUGCUCAAAAUUACUACCUUGAAAAACUAGCUGUGAUUCAAAAUCUGCCCUGUAGAUUUUUCCCAGGUUCUUGAGCCUCCUGUUACUUAAUUUUUCGAGAACAUCCACACUUUGAAUAGCAUCUGUUGUGUAGAAAAUAAUAUUCAUAAUAAUCAUCCCACUGGGAAUAGCAAUUUUGCAAUCUGAUCUUGACUUUAAGGUUAGAAUCAAUUUAACAGUUUGGGGAUAUUCCAGACAAAACAAACAUCAUGCAUUUAUUUCCCUACACACUUUGGAGUUGUUUACUGCACUUAAAGAAUCUGUCUAGAUCUAGGAACCAUGCAUAAAUAUGGUUUGUAGUUUUAAAAAAGAAAAAAGUGAUUUGAAUGUCUUAAUUUAUUUGACAACUCCUUCCCUUUUUUUUUUUUUUUUUUAUAAGAGUAACUUGACCUAUUUCCCUGAAUGAAUGGUGCUAUGGAUUACAAACUCUGGUUCUCUCAUUCCUGUAGCAACAGUACUGUUUAUACAAGCCAAGUCCUACUAAUUAGAAAUGUAUGCAUGUUGAGUUAUUGGUCCAAUCCUCUGAAAUGUGCCUUAACCUCUGUUCCUUUCCAUGUUUGUGUGUGGGUUUUAGUGUGACGUGUGUGUCUUUUGAUUUGCACUUUUAGAAUUGUUUGCAGUCCAGUGUUUUGCUUAUAUCAGACCCUCCCAUGUUGGUACGCUCCACCUGUGGGUUGUAUAUUAGACUUUAAACAGAACUGCUGUGACUGCCUUCUGUACAUUCACAUUCCCCGCUAAUCUGAGAGCCCCGUAGCUUUUAUAACCGCUCUGUUCCAGUUCAGUGAACCAAAAUCAGUGUUAUACAUUCCUUUGUUAAUUUCAGUUAUUUUAAAAAAUAUCUCAGGAGUGUUUGGGGUUAUUAAACACAAUUCACCUGGUUUGCCUGUUUGUGUGUUUUGUAUUUAUUAAUAUUUUAUAUUUUUACAAGUUUUUAAAUAAAGAGUAAUUUGAUUAACCA